GGCGUAGUAGGCGCUUGGCAGGGAGUCGCCAUGGCGGCCGAGUUUGCAUUGGACCAUAUGUACCACUGGAUCUACAUCCUGGCGAUCAUCGUCUCGUUCUUGAUGGCAUGGGGAAUCGGUGCCAAUGAUGUGGCCAACUCAUUCGGGACAUCCGUGGGGUCGGGCGCCAUCACCAUGAAGCAGGCAGUGGUGAUUGCGUGGGUGUUUGAGUUCUGCGGGGCUUUCUUCAUGGGAGGCCGCGUGGCCGAUACGAUGAAGGGCGGCAUAGUGGACCCGAAGAUCUUUYUGAUCCCGGACGGUAAGUUUGACAAAGCCGGCGCUGCGUUGCUCAUGUGGGGCAUGUUCAUCGCGAUCGCGGUUGCCGCCGUGUGGAUCGUCCUCGCCACCUUCUACGGCAUGCCCAUCUCCACCACACACUCCAUCAUCGGCUCCUUCAUUGGCUUCAGCAUGGUGGCCAGGGGAGCGAACUCUGUCUUCUGGUACAAGGAGGACCCGACGAGCGAUCUGAAGGUCGGGGGAUUCGCUGCCAUCGUCGUGUCAUGGGUGCUGACGCCCCUUAUUGCCGGCAUGGCCUCCGUCGUCCUCUUCACUUUCACGAAAAUAGUCAUUCUCCGRCCGCAGAACUCGGAACGGAGGACGCUGAUCGCUAUGCCCAUCUACUACGGCCUGACCGCCUUCAUCAUUACCUUCUUCAUCGUGUACAAGGGGUCGGCCCGGCUGAAGCUGAGCGACAUCGGCAACGGGAAGGCCACCUGGAUCGCCAUAGUCGUMGCCGUCGGGGUCGCCUCCCUGGCCGCCCUGAUCGGCAUUCCUCUUGCSAAGAGGAGACUGGCAAAUCUGGAGKAUCGCAAGCAGCACAAGGCGGAGCAGAAGGCGCGAGACAGGGCUCUCAUUGCGCAGGUUGCAGGSGGCGGUGCCAAGGAGUGCGACGAGGAGAAGGGUGAGCAGGGAUGCAAGGCGCCGGCAAGCAGAGUCGAGGAGGACGGCGCAGGGMCGUYGAUGACGRCAUGGCAGCGUGUCAAGGCGUGGUACCUGYUGGUGGAGAGCAAGACAAUCUCGCAUGACCUGGAAUUCACCGAGCACACGCUGGAUCUGCACUCMCGCGCCGAGAUGUUCGACGAAAGGUCUGAGGAGCUCUUCAGCUUCCUGCAGGUGCUCACUGCCUGCGCCGCAGCCUUCGCCCACGGCAGCAACGACACGGCCAACGCAAUCGGCCCUCUCUCCGCCGUCCAGAACAUCUACCAGGGAGACGCAGUGAAGUUCGACGACAAGAAGGGGAAGCUCACGCUCCCCAAGCUGGAGGUGGAAUCGUGGCAACUGGCCAUGGGGGGUUUUGCACUCGGUCUCGGCUUCGCCGUCUGGGGAUGGAGGAUGGUGCGCAACCUGGGCGGCGCCGUGACGAAGAUGACGCCGUCGCGAGGUUUCACGGCGGAGCUGUGCGCUGCCAUGACCGUGGUCGUUGCCAGCCGCUUCGGUAUGCCGAUCUCCACCACGCAGACGCUGGUGGGGGCGACCAUCGGGGUCGGCGCUUCCGACGACUGGAGGAACGUCGACUGGUGGCUCUUCUGGAAGUUCGUUAUGUCCUGGGUUAUGACCAUCCUCUUUGCCGGAUUUGUUACUGCGGCCGUCUUCUCCUUCACCGUCUUCUCGCCGUCCGUGCAAGUCUAGUGAAAUCGUCGACAUCAUGGACUGGAGUCGACCGCACCGCCCCUCCCACCCGCAGAACUAAACACAGCAGAGGGGAUGGCCAACGCUAUUCCUUUUUCUUCUUCGCAUUUUUUCCCGUGGACACUAGGAGAGCCUCAGCUACACCCACAUUCUGCGUCAUCUUCAUCCCUUCAUCGACAUCGCCAUCCCGACUGCAGCGGUAAAAAAAAUCGUGGGGGAGGGGGGGGGAAGCAAGCACAGACGGGUGGACAUCGGGAGGGCAAGAGGAUUGGCCGACGUCUGGCCUGUCGGCCGAGCCGUUUGAAGCCGUGAAGUAGCCAUGCCAGGUCCCAUGGACGUUACGGAGGGCUGCAGUAUCAGAUCGUGUCCUGGCUCGGUUGGAAGCGGUCUCCACUGAAUGUUUCCUUCUGAUGGACGAGGUCAAGCGGAGAUGGGCCUGAGAAAGAAUUCGUCUCCAUCGGUUCUCCUCCAGCGCCUCCGCAUCGCCUCCGUUYGCCUCCGUUUGCUUUUGCUUUGCGUCCAGGACUUCCUACGAUGGCGUUCACUUGGUUGCAAACGGAUGCAGCUAGCGAACGCUGAGCCCCAGGUAGCAGUUGGUUACCAGUGUGCGAUUGAUUUCCGGGCGGUCGUGCGGGGUCGGAUCACGGUGCCAGAGAGGCGCCAGAAGAGCAGGAGGCGACGCGCAUGUCGUUCUGUUCUCAUCCAUCACUAUGCGGCCGAAGGAACGCMCGGUUGCUGCCAUACUAGGAGCCAUACUUCAUACGAGCUUCCUGAGGAACCGUGGGGAUGGAAAGGGAGCAAGAUGAGUAGUAGUACCAGUAGUCCACACAAG